AUGAAUGCCCUUUUCGUUGUGCUGAAGUUCAUCGUCCUCCUCCCAGCUUAUGCAGUCCUCAAGCCACCGUCCUCUUCGAAUCCACUCCGCGUCUCCUACCUCGCGACACUGCUUGCAGGCCCGGGGGGAGCACCUGAGGCGACACUGAGGCUGGUGAUGCCCGCCUUCUGA